GAAUAUUAUUUUAAACUUAUAGAUUUGCAAUUUUUGAGACUCUUAGCAAAUAUCUCUCAGAAUGAGUUCAAUUUUGAGUUCCGCAGUGCAUUGUUAUGAUGAACGUAGAAUGGCGGACGUUGUCAUUGUGGGAUGGUUGUUCACAUUUUUAUUGAUAAAUACUUGCUAUGGAGGACCUGGAGGCCUGGUGGACCCGGAUGAUGAUUCCACGAGGAGCUUCGGAUCCAUGCAGGUUCUUGAGGAUCCAAAGUUUGUGCAAAAGUCGACUGUUAACAUUUUCAGGAAAAGGAAUCAUAAAAGAUACAAAUGCCACCAAUGCGAGUCGCCAUACUGCGACACGCCGCAGGAGUGCUCCGACGCGCUGUUCUGCUUCAAGUCGUCGGUGCGGGACUCGGACGGCGCGCUGCGGCACUCGCGGGGCUGCAGCGCGGGACACGACCACGCGCAGUUCACCUGCCACCACAGGCCUGAUCAGAGUGUUCGCAAACGUCACGCGGGCCAGCUCAACGUAACCUGCUGUGCAGGCGACCUGUGCAACAUCGGAGACUUCCCACUCCUCGCUCCGCAGGACACAGCGGUGGAACCUCUGCCCGACCACUCGUGGAAACUCUGGGCCGGGGUGCUGGCUGCUGUGUUGACUGUCACAGCAGCCAUUGCCACUGUAGUCUUAUUGAGAAGAAGUCACAGAGUGCGCGUGUCCCGCGCGGCGCUGCACAAGCUGGGGCCGGACUGCAACUAUUUCUCCAGCAACGUGUACAGCCCACACCCACACCCACACCCACACCCACACCCACAGGUCACCAGCGCUUAUUAUGAAGGUGUAGACGGGUCCCAGAAUGGAGUAAGAGCGACACUAGCGGGUGACUCUACAUUGCGGGAGUACCUGCAGGGCUCCAUGAGCUCUGGUUCAGGCUCCGGCUUGCCCCUAAUGGUCCAACGGACCCUCAGCAAGCAGGUGUCACUUCUGGAGUGUGUUGGGAUGGGCCGCUAUGGCAAAGUGUGGCGCGGUCUGUGGUACGCCGACAGCGUGGCUGUCAAAAUAUUCUUCUCAAGAGACGAGGCUUCGUGGCAGAGGGAGACGGAGAUAUACAGCACUGUGCUGCUCCGACACACUAAUAUCCUGGCGUAUAUAGGGAGCGAUAUGACCAGCAGAAACAGUUGUACACAGUUAUGGCUGAUAACACACUACCACCCUCUGGGAUCACUUUACGAGCAUCUACAGAGAAAAACGUUAACAAGGCAUCAAAUGAUGCUGAUAUGUCUGUCCACUGUCAACGGGUUGCUGCAUUUACACACAGACAUACAUGGGACACAGGGCAAACCCGCCAUAGCGCACCGCGACAUCAAAUCCAAGAACAUUCUCGUGAAAGUGAACGGCGAGUGUUGCAUCGCGGACUUCGGCCUCGCCGUCAGCGCCGCGCACGUGGCUCGGCAGGAGCCCAGCGCGAGGCAGGGCACCGUGCGGUACAUGACUCCCGAGGCAUUAGACCAGAGCAUGAACCUCCAAUGCUUCGAAUCCUACCGCAAAUGCGAUAUAUACGCGCUCGCCCUUGUUCUAUGGGAAGUCUGUCGCAGAGUCAGUCCGGCGAGAGAGGCCAGAGUACCGUUCUAUGAGCAUGCACCGAGCGAUCCAUCGGUUGAGCUCAUGAGGAAGAUCGUCUGUGUAGACGGGGCAAGGCCGGAGCUUCCUGAAACUUUUACACACCCGACGAUGGCGGGCAUGGCACGCCUUAUGCGCGAAUGUUGGCACGCCAACGCCUCCGUGCGUCUCCCGGCGCUGCGUAUCAAGAAGACCCUCCUUAAACUAGCUGCCAACGACAACUCCAUACACCUGGACGAGGACAGCGAGGUGUUCGUGUGAAGCGAGGCAGGUAGACCUCAUGAUAAUAAUAGUAAAGUUACAUUAAGAGUCGAGAAUCGAGGUAAACUAUAAAAUCAUAUAGAUAGCGUCAGUUAGAAAGGUCAUGCUAAGAAAUAAAAGGGAAAUAAUAAUGAGCUGUAUAAUAUAUUGAGCUUAAUCGUCGUUGAAUUUGAAUAUGACGAUAUUUAGAGGUCUUAAUCGACGAAAUAAACUUGCAACGCCAUCUAGUGAGAUCUCUGAGAACUAUAAUGUGCCGGUGCGUCUACCAGCGUCACGUAUCAAGCAAGACCCUCCUUAAACUAGCUGCCAACGACAACUCCAUACACCUGUAGGCCGAGCACAUGAUUGGCGCGACAGUAUCUCGCCGCGAGAUAA